GAAAUUAAAAUGCAUGACUGACAGUGAAACAGUUGCACCUGACUGGCCUUACUACAAAACCAUUGAUAGGAUCUUAUCCAAAGUGACAGACCACAGCGAUGUGAAAAUGCACGAAAAUCAGCAGCCAGGUCCUUCUACAUCACAGACGGAGGCCUCACAGUCUCCAUCAGCUAAGUCUACACCUCUGUAUUUGCCAUAUAACCAGUUUACAUAUGAAGGAAGGGAAGAGUGCUUUGAAGAUGAACAUUCAGAGAGCUCGUCAAGCUUACUUUCUUACAAGCUGAGAGCUGAAGAAAGACCAGUUAAGAAAAGAAAAAUGCAAAGCUGCAGCUUCCAAAAGAAGAAACUAAAAUUAAUGGAGGCCAUGUUGGAAGAACAGAAGAAGUUGAGUAGAGCUAUGGAAGAAACCUGUAGAGAAGUUCGCAGGAUUCUGGAUCAGCAAAACAUCAUUCAAGUUCAAAGCUUACAGUUACAGGAGAGAAUGAUGAAUCUACUGGAGAAAAUGAUCUCCAAAUCCAAUGUGUAGUUUCCUUUGUGAAUGCCUCUGAGAUUACUAUUGAUAUUAUAGGUAUCCCUUUAUUGCACACCAUAUGUGUGUCUGUUGCCCUAUUCCCAGGUUUUCCAUGGAAAAUAAAACCUUAGUGUAAUCUUAGUUAAGCGAAGAGAACAGAUAAUGCAGGGUGAGAGCUAUCCAGGAUGAUAAAUUAGUGCAAUAUAUGCCUAAGUUGAAUUAUUUUUAUACAGAAGCAUUAAGGGAUGAAUAGCUCUGGGAACUUCAGUACAAUUUAUGCCUAGGUCAGGUAUUGUUCUACAAACAGUGGUGUUGUAUAUUGCUUCACAUCAAGGAGUAUAGCUUGACCUGUUGUAGGAGAAUGACAUAAUGCAUUUUUAAACAUGGUAAUUGCAUCUUGACUUUGCUGAUAAUUAAACCCUGUUUUGAAACAUAUGCUGUGAUUGUACAAGUGACCUAUGGUUCUUGUGAAGAACUAGUUGGGACCAUGAGAUACAUGAUUUUGAACUCCAUGUCUGAUAUGAAUAGUACUCUAAAAUAUUAGGGUAAAAAUAGUCUAUUCAAAUACAUUUUUGAUAUAAAAAGAAAACCCUCCAACCACCUUACUAUAUACUGAAUACUAAAAUGUAUAGAAGAUACUUGAAGUUGCUUUUGAUAUUAAAUGUUUAAUUUUUUUUCAUUAUUAACUGGAAUCUGUUGACUUAAUGAACAACCAGCAAUCAAAACUCAUUUAUUCUCUAUCACAAAAGAAAAAAUAUUUACUGUGUGUAUAUACAUAUAUAUAUAAAAUCUGUCAAAUGAAAUAAAGAAAACUAAGAAAC